AUGGGACAAUUGGACUGCAAGCCUGCCCCUAAAUUAACUGACGAGAGCUCGCCUCUCAUGGUUGCCACUCGCCCUACAGACGGGCGCGGUGUGCGCCCCCAUGGGGGUACUGAUGAGUCGUCUAAGAGUGCAUUGUACAUGUUUCUUUUGACUGUGUCCAUUGGGGGACUUCAGAUUGUUUGGUCUGUCGAACUUGGCAAUGGAUCGCCAUACCUUCUAUCCCUCGGGAUGAGCAAGUCGCUUCUUGCCGUUGUUUGGAUAGCCAGUCCCCUGACGGGCGCCUUGGUGCAACCAUACAUUGGUAUUCGAAGCGACAACUGCCGGCAUGCGUGGGGUAAGAGGAAACCAUUCAUGGUCGUUGGAGGCGCAGCAACUAUCGUUUCAUUGCUAGCUCUGGCAUGGGUGAAAGAGCUUGUGGGAGGCUUUCUGUCUAUAUUUGGUGUUGAACCAACAUCUGCAGGCGCCAAGAUUACUAUCAUUAUCAUGGCAACGAUUUUCAUGUAUUGCCUUGAUGUUGCCAUCAACACUGUGCAAGCUGCAAUCAGAGCAUUCAUUGUCGACAACUGCCCCACCCACCAGCAGGAGCUGUCCAACGCGUGGGCUAGUCGUAUGGUUGGCGUUGGCAACAUCUUGGGGUAUAUCUUUGGCUACAUGGAUCUGCCGAAGCUUGUCCCUUGGUUGGGAAAUACCCAGUUCAAGGUCCUGUGCAUGCUUUCCUCGGCCUUUCUGAUUGCAACUCUUGCCAUUAGUUGUUUCUACAUUCAAGAGCGAGAUCCUCGAGGAGAGGGGCCUGUCACCGACAAGCUUGGCGUGAUCGCCUUUUUUAAACAGAUCAUCAAGUCGAUUCGGAGCUUGCCAACUCAGAUUUCCCGCGUCUGUCAGGUGCAGAUCGCAGCCUGGGUGGGCUGGUUCCCAUUCCUGUACUACUCCACAACCUAUGUCGGGCAGCUGUAUGCCAAUCCCAUUUUCGCAGAUCAUCCCGAUCUCUCGGAUGGGGAGCUUGAUAAGAUCUGGGAAGAUGCUACUCGCGUCGGGGCAUUGGCUCUCCUCAUCUAUGCUAUCAUCUCUUUCCUUUCCAAUAUGUUGCUUCCACUUUUCGUGGUACCCUUGUAUGCACCUGCGCCAGAGACUGUUUCGCGUCGGAAUUCUCUAGACGACAAUUCAGGUGACUAUGCAGAGCAAGCUGCAAGUAGAUUAUCAUUUUCAAAUAUGCCGGCAGGCAAUGCAUCCGAGCCUCUUCUCGAAGAAGCUCCAGUCAGACAGGAGACCGAAAAGAGAUCGACUUGGCUUUCACGCCUGCAAAUCCCAGGAUUGACUCUCCCGCGAGUCUGGCUCCUCUCCCACCUCCUCUUCGCAGUUUGCAUGUUCAGCACUUUCUUUAUCUCCUCCCACCAAGCCGGGUCGGCGUUUGUGGGCCUUGUGGGUAUCGCCUGGGCUGUGGCGCUGUGGGCUCCCUUCGCACUUAUCUCGGCGGAGGUAGCUAGGAUCGAUCCAUCUAGACGAGAGAAUCGCCGCAAAUCUCACACCACAUAUACUGAGCAUGCUGCUGAGGCUCAGGACGGCAGUCCUGGUGGGCAUGGCAGCGUCGGUGGCAGUGAUGUGGAGCAUGGACAGCCGAAGGAUUAUCAAGGUGGGGAUGUCGCACAGGCGGGUAUUAUUCUUGGACUGCAUAACAUGGCCGUUUCUCUGCCACAGAUUCUGUCUAGUCUUGUUUGCAGUGCUAUCUUUAAGGCAUCUCAGAAGCCAAGAGGGGAGCCGUGGGAUGAUAGUGUGGGCUGGGUGCUACGGUUUGGUGGAUGUCUUGCGCUGGUGGCUGCGUGGUUGACUAGAAGGGUGUCGGACGGAAGAUAG